UUAUUCAGAAAAAUGAUGUAGAAGAGCAAGCAAACUCCCAUUUCAAUAGAGAAGAUGUUUGUAAGCAGGGUCAUCCCUGUCAUAUCCUAAAAAUGAGAGAGGAUGCUGAAAUAUCCUGGAGAGAGUUUAACUUCUGCUUCAGAGAGGCUACUUGUCAUUGAGGAGAAAGAAGACUGUAACCAAAGGAGACUAAGUGAAAGUCACAGACUACUAAUCCAUGAGAGCAGCAGAAUAACUGGUAGUUUCUCUUACAUCAUGAAUGCAAGUGAAUCCACUUAGAACUUACUUCAGUUGAAAGUCUGAUUGCAGUACUGCAGAUUGCCAUCGCUAUGUAGAUGCAUCACAGAAGACAAAUCACCACAAAUUUUUCAAUUUUCUGAGUUCGUGACAAUGACAACUUAUUUUGGAGUUACCUCAGCGAUGUUAUCAGUCUGGGUUAUGACAUUCAUGGCUCAAAAUUACUUUAUAACAGUAUGCUUGUGCCCGGACCUGCCCACUCCUCUACUGACUUACUGGCUGGGCUUCACUGAUGGGACCGUGCACCGUAGCUGGCCUUCUGCCCAGGAUAGACUUCAGGCAUGUGUUAUAGGUUCCAUGCUUUCACCUUGCAGGAUCACAGGUGUAGGACUUUAUUUUGAGCAGAAAGUGAAUUUUUCAGAAGCAAGUAAUGUGUGCAAUCGACUGAAUCUACAACUGGCAAGUAAAGAACAGGUUGAGAAGGCUUUGAAACAUGGCUUUGAAACAUGCAGUUCUGGAUGGAUAAAAGAUGGAUUGGUUGCCAUUCCUCGUAUAACAUCCAACGAGAAAUGUGGUCGGGGCAAUGUUGGACUAGUGAACUGGCGUGCUAAUCAAGCUUCUAAAUUUAUGGUUUACUGCUUCAAUUCUUCAGAUGUACAAAUUAAUUCAUGUAAACCAGAUCCAGCUACAACCAUACUACCAUCAUCAAGUGUGCCAACAGACUUGACUGCAUAUUCAAGUUCAGAUUUAACUGGGAACACCACAGCAGUGCCCACUGAAACCAAACCAGAACAAACCCUGAAGAACGUGAAAUUUAGGAUGAUAUGUAUAACUGAAACUAUAUUACCAACAGAGGGGACUACGACAAAAAUGCCAGAGGAGUACUCCACUUACCCUGCUGCAUUUAGGAAUGACAGUAUUGUCUUUGGAGGUAUCCCCACUGCACUCCUUGUACUGGCAAUCAUCUUCUUCAUUAUUUCAGUUCUUCUAGCAGUCUGCUAUAUCAAAAAGUAUAAGAAAUCCUUCCCAUUUUCAAACAAGAAUCAGAAAAAAGAAGUGGCUGAAACUACAGCUCUCAAGGAGGCUGUGUCAAAUGAGUAUACACUUGAGAAGGAAACAAAGAAUAACGGAAAAAAGGUAGAAGAGGCCAAAGCCAAGCCUGAAAACACAGUAAAAUGUCUAGAAGCGGAAGUUUAAGGUCAGCAGAAGUUUAAGAGGAGGAACAUACAGUUCUUUUUAGAAAUAUAUAAAACAAAGCACGCAACUUAGCAAUGCUUUUAAACGUGGGUGACUGUAAAUACUCAUGAGUUUUUUCUCUGUCUUAACACGUGAAAACUUUUUUUAAAAUAACUACAUCUUCAGCUAUAAAUGCUCUUGCAAAAGAAUAUGGUAUCUUACUUACUUAAUAUGGAUGUUCUAUUUAUAUCACAGUUCAUUUUUUCUUAAUAAAGAAGUACAUCAAAAUUUGCUGUUAAUGACACGCAGUGUGUGACUAUUUGCACGAAAUUCAGAUUGAUGUGUAAUGAAAAACUUUCUUCUAUUUGUAUGGAUGAUCUCUGCUAACUUAAUGUCUAAAAUAAAACAAUGCUGUAGCUCUUCAUCAUGUAUGUUAGCUUAUCUCCAUUAAGUAGUUACACACUGUUUUUAAAAAGUCUGUUUACAAACAGAAUAACUCUGUUUAUAAGUAAAAAAAUCAAGAUUGGCCCACAGUCAUUCAAAUACCAAAAGAAGGGUACAAAGAGGCUGAUCUUCAUCAGCAUCCUUGAAUAACUUUCUUAAAUAUUUUCAUCGUGUAAUUUACUGUUUUAUUUAUUAAAAUCUGCAUCAUUCUUUUGCAUCAGA